AUGGCAAGUUGGAUCAAUGGGAAGAAGCCUGCUCCGUCUCUAGAGUUCGAUGCCUAUGCCGAAUGUGAAGAAGAUAAUUGUCUGGUGCAGUCAUGGCUUCUCAAUUCCAUGACUAAACCAGUUCGUGUCUUGUUUGAACAUGGUGAUACUGCUUUUGAUAUAUGGGAGGCUGCUCGGAAGACCUAUACUCAAGAGAUUGAUUGUCUACGUCCGUAUGAGUUUAGCUGUUCUACUGAUAGGGCUCGUCGUCUGAAAAAGAUUGAAGCCGAUCGAGUUUAUGAUUUUCAUGGCGGACUUGAUCCACCGUAUGAUGGUGUCCGUAGCCGUAUUCUUGCUCUUAGUCCUGUCCCGCCUCCUCUCGAAGCCUAUGCUAUGGUUAUGGAGGAAGACACCCGUCAGUCCGCUAUGCUUGGAGGAGGAUCGCUGGCUCUUAAGGUUGACCCAGCUCGUCAACGACCGGUCGCCCAGCACGAAGCGACCGGUCGCUCUCCGUCCAGAAAAUUUGGUUCUUCUACUGGGUCUCGUCCUUCUGGCUCUACUCCUAGCUCUCUUGAAGGUCCGCCUAAAUGUCGCCAUUGUAAUGGGAAUCAUUACUUUGAGAAGUGUUUUAAGGAGCAUGGUUACCCUGAUUGGUUUGCUGACUACAAAGCUCGUAUGUAUGGCCCUAAGGCCACUUACACUGUGAUUCCUGAUGAGGCCCAUCCUCCGACUACAUCUGCAAAUUUGUGUGCUUCUGAUACUAUGCCAGGACUUUCGACUUUUUCUGGAGCAAAACAUAAUCAAAUGGAUGAAUUUUGGAGUAAUUCCAGUUGGACGACGUUCCUGAGUCACUUGGCUUGAUCGUAUCAAAAUUUCAGACUUUUCUAUCAAGCGGUUAUUUUCUGGCGAUAAAAUAAAGGAGCAGUGUGCAGUGCUGGAAAGUGAUGUUUUGGGCUUUUAUGGCGUUUUUGGAGCCCGAUAUGACCUCUGAUGGAUUCGUGGCCUUCUGGAGAAGUGUUCAGAACGUUUUUAUCUUUAAAACGAGCUGUACUGGGCCGGAUUUGGAGCAGAUUUGAGGCCAAAACGUGGCUGGGCAGAUUGGGGGCAGAUUCUCCUAGUCCAAUUUGGA